UACAACUUUUAAGCACCCAAGAAAAAAGGAAAACACCCUUCCCCUUUGUUCCUCAUCGAUCACAAAGCCACAAAAACAAUGGAAGCUCUUGACGAAACUUUCAUCCAAGCACCAGAACACAGGCCAAACUCAAAUUCCACGCCCGAAGAAGACCCCGAGGAAAUACCCGUGAUCGAUCUCUCUCGCCUGGAGGAUGCCGAAAACAUCGGAAAAGUCGUGUCCGAGAUCGGAGAGGCCUGCGAAAAAUGGGGAUUUUUCCAAGUGAUAAACCACGGAGUUACUUGCGAUGCAAGGCAACACUUGGAGAGCGUCGCUAGGGCUUUUUUCGACCUGACGAUCGAUGAGAAGAGGAGAAUCAAACGCGACGAAGCGAAUCCGGUGGGAUAUCACGACGGAGAACACACCAAGGACGUGAGGGAUUGGAAGGAAGUGUUCGACGUGUAUUUGAACGAUUGCAUGGUUUUGCCUGCUUCACCUGAUCCUGAAGAUGAAGAGUUGAGAGUUGUGUAUAACAAGUGGCCUCGGUUCCCUUCGGAUUUCAGGGAGGCGUGUGAGGAGUAUGCAAGGCAAGCGGAGAAGCUAGCAUUCAAAGUGCUAGAACUGGUGUCCCUAAGCUUAGGCCUAACGGGAGAGCACUUCAAUGGUUACUUCGAAAAACAAAUGAGUUUCCUUAGGGUCAACAGAUACCCGACGUGUCACCGCCCCGACCUCGCCUUGGGCGUCGGCCGACACAAAGACGCUGAUGUCUUGACCGUUUUGGCUCAAGACCAAGUCGGCGGUUUACAAGUUAGCCGUAGAUCCGAUGGUCUCUGGUUCCCCGUUAGACCUGUCCCUGGCGCCCUUGUCAUCAACAUUGGCAACUGUAUGGAGGUAUGGACGAAUGACAAGUAUUGGAGCGCGGAACACAGAGUGGUAGUGAACACAACGGAAGAGAGAUACUCGAUACCAUUCUUCCUGAUGCCUUCGCAUGACGUUGAAGUGAAGCCACUGGAAGAGCUCUUAAAUGACCCUCCAAAGUACAAAGGAUACAAAUGGGGAAAAUUCUAUGUCUCGAGGAACCGAAGUGACUUCCGAAAACUCCAUCUUGACAACAUUCAGAUCCAUCACUUCAAGGCUUCACCCUCUUAGAUUCUGUAUCACCAUAUAUGCACCUCUCUCUAUAUACAACCAUGCUCGAAUACAUAUAUACGUAUAUAUAUAUAUAUAUGCAAGUACUUCUAUACAUACAACCAUGUGCGGAUGUGUAUACAUGCGUUCAUACAAGUAUUUAUAUACACAUAACUAUAUCCGGAUGUAUGUAUAAAACAUUCAUCAAAACACAUACAGAACUAUGUAAUAAAUAGAUUCUAUAUACGCCUAU